GCAUUAUUUGCAAUCGGAAAUCCUCUGGGAAUCAUCGCAAAGUAUUAACCAUGUUGAAGACUCUUCUAGUUGCCACUUUGGCCCUUUCUCUGGCCUCAGCUGCUCCUCAUAGUCAGCUGGAUGGACGCAUUGUGGGAGGAGCAGAUGCCACUGUGGGGCAGUUUCCUCACCAGGUGUCCUUGCGCCACUUAAGCUCCCAUAUCUGCGGCGGCAGCAUUAUCGCUCCCCAAGUAAUCCUGACCGCUGCCCACUGCGUCACCAGCGAAGCAACUGACGGCACAUUGAAGGUAACUCCAGCCAAGCAGCUAAGCAUUCGUGCCGGAUCCGUCGAUCGCCAGAGCGGCGGAGUUGUCAUCAAGGUAUCCAAGGUCAUAGUGCAUGAGAAUUAUGGCAACUUCUUGAAUGACGUGGCCAUUCUAUAUCUGGAGAAAUCGCUUAGCUACUCUGCCGUGAUAAGGGCCAUUCCUCUGGCCAGCUCAGAUACUGCAGUGGGCAGCCAGGUGCUCAUCUCCGGAUGGGGUCGUCUCUCCACAAAGGGUCCCUCCCCUCGCUUCCUGCAAUGGAAUACGCUCAGUUCGUUGUCCAAGCAGAGCUGCAUCAGCUCCACCUUCAUGUUCACCAGCAGCCUGAUCUGCUUGGCCCACAAGGAGGGCAACGGCGCCUGCAAUGGCGACUCUGGCGGCCCGGCUGUCCAGAAUGGCCAACUCAUCGGCAUUGCUGGCUUUGUCAUUGAUGGUUGUGGCAGCAGCAAUCCUGAUGGUUAUGCCAAGGUCUUCUAUCACCGUGAUUGGAUUGUUAAACAUGCCAAUUUGUAAGGUGGAAAUUUCCAAAUUUCCAGCUAGAGUAGAAUUCAACCGAUUUGAGAUUUUCUUCAAGUAAUAAAGUCGAGUUUUA